UGAAGCUUCACGCGCAGGCUCGUUUUCCUCCCCUUCAGAGGUGCAUGGAGGAUGAGAUACCAGAGCUCCAUCCUUUGAGAUUCAAAGACUUACCACUCCCAAUCACUUUUGAUUUCUUUAAGUUUACACAAAUAAUUCUCAACAUGUACGCCAUCACCACAGCUUCAGCUGUUAUAUGGAACACUAUGCCCUGGCUUGAACCAUAUGAAUUCACCCAAAUCCAAACCAAACUUUGCAAAAUCCCCAUCUUCCCAAUUGCCCCAAUCCACAAGAUUGCCUCAACUCCAACCUCAGCCUCUUCAAGUUUGCUCCAAGAAGACUCCACUUGCCUGCCAUGGCUCGACAGACAGCCUCCCAACUCAGUCAUCUAUGUCAGUUUGGGCAGCCUAGCCGUGUCGACUCAACAAGAGCUAGAGGAAAUGGCUUGGGGUCUGGCCGAUAGCAGACAACCAUUCUUGUGGGUUAUUCGCCCGGGAUCUAUUCAAGGCUCGGAUGGAGUUGGAUCCAUGCCAAAAGGGUUUCAAGAGAAGGCUGGAGAUAGAGCGUGCAUCGUGCAAUGGGCUCCUCAAAAAGAAGUGUUGGCGCACAAAGCCGUUGGCGGAUUCUGGAGCCAUUGUGGGUGGAACUCGACACUUGAGAGCUUGAGUGAGGGCGUACCAAUGCUGUGUAGGCCGUAUUUAGGAGAUCAAACGGUGAAUGCAAGGUAUAUUAGUUGUGUAUGGAAGGUGGGCUUGACAUUGGAAGAUAGGUUGGAGAGGAAUGAAGUAGAAAGGGCAAUUAGAAGAGUGAUGGUGGAGGAAGAGGGAAGGAAGAUGAGGGAAAAAGCCAUGGAUUUGAAGGGGAGAAUUGAAGAUAGUUUAAGGGAGGAUGGGUCUUCCUCUUCUAGCUUGAAACAGCUUGUGGACUUCAUAAAGACAUUAUAUUAAGAUAAAAAAAAACAA